AUGCCGCUGUCCAGCACCUGUCAAAAUUGUGCCAAGUCCAAGGUUCGGUGUGUACGAAAUAGUGCAGAGUCGGAUGUCUGCUCUCGGUGUGCGCGCUUAAACAAACAGUGUGUAUAUCGUGAGACUGGUCGGCGCUUUAACGGGUUCAAAAAAGAUCGGCAGAUAGAAGCUCUUGAGUCCAGGAUCAAUGAACUCAUGACCCGCUCUGAAUUACCUCCAGUAAACCAAACAGCCCAUGGCAAUGCGACACACAACCCGGACCGGGAAGAAACAGAGAAAACCACGUUGGACGUCAUUGGGCAAGGUCUAGUCGAUAUGGAAACCGCGCAGUCGUUGAUCGAUCUCUAUAGGACGGACAUGACGUUACAUUUUCCAUUCGUCGUUAUCUCGUCGCAGGUCACGGCUUCAGUUCUCCGGCAACAAAAACCAUUUCUCUUUUUGGCUGUACUCGCAUCUGCGGCAUAUUCUAACAUGCCACUUCAGAGAUUGCUAGGCAAGGAAGUCAAAAAGGCCAUUGCUUCUCGCAUGAUCAUGCACGCAGAAGUUUCCUUUGAGCUGCUACAAGGAAUGCUGGUGUUUCUCGCUUGGUCCCAUUACCACUCACGACCCCAUCGUUACACACAGUUCCUACAGUUGGCUAUAGGUCUGAUGGUGGAGCUACGGCUGGAUCGGCCACCACAGACGAAGACAUGGAAGACGGCUCUUAGAUUCAACACGGAAUAUGCACUGGACGAUGAAAAGUAUGUUCGACCAUCCUGGGGCCUAGACGAGCAGAGAGCAGUGGUUGGGUGCUAUUACCUGUCAUCAACGAUUGCCAUUCUUUUACAUAAGCCGUCUUGUUUCCCAAAUAUAGCCCCCUAUCUGGAACAAUGCUGCAAGUCCCUAUACAAUGAAGGUGAUAUCUCUCAUGACAAAUAUAUCCUGCACAUCUUUCAGUUGCAGGUUAUCGCGGAAAAAGUAAACAACCUGUCUUGGAAUCAUGGUAUGGAGCUGGGGAGUACAGGUUCUGCGGCGGAGCUAUAUGUCAGCAACAUUAAGUCUGACUUGGAUAGACUGCGCAAUCAGCUUCCUCUGGGCUUUUGUGAAACUCCCGUUAUGGCCAUGCAGCUUUAUAGCACAGAGCUAUGUUUGUAUCAACUGAGCCUUUCUCAGAAAAGCGCACUGUCCUCUCCGUCCGCAUAUUCCAUAGUCUCCGAGACAUGGUGGGAUGAGAUCUUCUGUUCUGGCCUUACCGCGGCAGAGAACAUUCUAAACAUGUACAUGGGGCUGCCGCUAGGGAGCGAACAGGCGUUCAACAACACGCAGUGGGUACAAAUGGCGUUCUGCAUACUGGUUGCUUCCCGGCAGGUCGUCGCAGCUUCACGCAUGGGAAAGGCGGCGCUACUUCCACAGAGUUGUAUGUGGUCGGAAACUCUGGAGAAACUGCGGCAGCGCCUAGGAGCAUUAUCUACAACGCAGGUGGAUCUGGAUGGCGGUCGGGAUGUCUUUGUUGACUUUGAGAAACGCGUUUCCCGUAUCCAGGGCUGGUUUGAUCGCAACGUCCAGGACCUGGAAACAAGUUUCCCUUCUCAGAGACAAGAUGCAGGUCUACAUGCCGCAACUGGACUACCGUAUGGCCCUUCCAUUACUCCCUUGGACAUGUCGGGACUUCCGCCACUGUCUGGGGAUGACUUCCAGUUGGCUGCACAGUUUUUCCUCCCUUCCAGUCUUGAAAUGAUGACUGAUUGGAUAUAA